UUUUUUUUUUUUUUUUUUGCAUUUCACACAAGAACGAAAAAACCGAAGCGUUUUGUUGUUUGAAUGAGCGACGAGUUGGGAGACGAAGACGGAGUGUCAGCAGCAGCAGCAGGAGCUGAUGAUGAGCUGGAUGUGGUGCGGACGCUGCAUCCGUCGACGGCGGGGAGCGAGGUGGAGCAGGCGGCGUUCGGCUGUGAGUUUGAGCCGGGCGACUGCUUCCUGGUGCUCAAGCGGCACGCUGGCUCUGGCUGGCUCACCGUGCUCACCGACAGCGGACACGGCAACCUGCCUGUCUCGUGGGUGUGCGACGUCCCCACCGACGAGGCGAUCGCGCUCGGUUUUGCAGAGACCCUGAAAGAGUACGAAGCCUGGGUCGCGCACUUUGAGACCGCAGCAGCGACGACGACCGCAGCAGCGACGACCGCAGCGACGACGACAGCAACAGCGACGACGACAGCAACAGCGACGACGACGACGACCACAUCAAGUAGCAGUAGUAGUAAUAGCAGCAGCAGCAACAACAACAACAUCCACCAUCAGCAGCAGCAACAGCACCAACAGAGCUACGCAAGCAAUGGGAACGGCUCGAGCAGCAGCAGCAGCAGCAGCGGAGCGUCGUCCCCGUCCGUCUCGAGGGCUGCCAGCAGCAGCAGAGCAACAACAGCGUCGUCGUCAUCGUCGCCAACAAUGGCAGGGUCGGACGAGGCGCUCAACCGCAGGGCGUCGGAGCGGUCCAGGGCUGGGUUUAGCACGAGCAUUGGCGCUGCGGGAGGCUCAACCGGAUCGCUCGUCACCGCCACCGCCGUCGUGCAGAACAACCCGCUCAGCAGGGCGGCGUCCAGCGCAUCCCCAGGCACGUCUCCAAGCACCCGGCGGCGCAAUGACGCGGACGGAGCCGUCGGGAUGGCCACGGAAGGCACGUCGUCCCCGCGCCUCUCGCGCACCAUGUCCAUGUCGCAGCUGCACGUCCAGCAGCAGGUCGUCCAGCAGCAGGCACAGCAUGUCACGGUGGUCCAGCAGGCGUCGCUGACGUCGCAGGCGCAAGUCCAGUCUGCUGCUGCCGCUGCCGCUCUUCGCGGCCCAGCCAAGGCAGCGCACCUCCAACCGCACCAGCACCACCACCGCAACCUCAGCACGGGAAGCAACACGAGUGCACACUCGAAUGCCAGCCAGACGAGCGGCUUGUCCAUGUCCAUGUCGGCGCUCAACUCGGACGCGACCGACCACACCUCCUUCCCGCUCCAACGCACGCACACUCUCAGCAGCUCUGGCGAGCCAAUCGUGUUUGAAGGCGUCUUGCAGUUCAAGGCAGUGCGCGUCGACGGCGCAGACCUCAAAAAGCAAAAGUGGACACCCUGCUUUGCAGUGCUGCGCGGCCAUUCCAUCUUUGUCUUCAAGGACGAGAAAGCCAAGGCGAAGAGCAAGGAACCUGUUCUCGUCGUGUCGCUGCGAGAAGGCAACAUCGAGGCAGCCGCUGCCGCAUCCGAGUCUGGAAAGCACAAGUUUGCCGUCGAAGUCGGCAACGCUCGCGAUCGCAUAUUGCUGCAAGCGCACGACAACGACACUUCGGCACUCACACUCUGGGUGAACAAGAUCAAUGCCUGCAUCGUCAAGCGCGCAUCCUGGGCUCCCGCACACCCUGAUUACAAGAACCUUACUCCGGCGUUCAACGCUGCAUCACCCACGCGAGAACCGUCCGAUCGCGAGCGCGAAAAGCAGGCCCGAAAGGAAGAGGACCGUCGUAAAGAGGAGGAAAAGGAGCGAGAAAAACAGGCUCGCAAGGACGAAGAGCGUCGCAAAGAAGACGAGAAGGAGCGCGACAAGAUUGCCAAGAAGGCCGAAAAGGAGCGCAUCCGGGAACUGGAGAAGCUGGCGAGUAAAUCUGAGGACUCGAAGAAAUCUUCCAAAGAUAAAGAUUUGAUAUUUGGCGGUGAUCUUGCUGCCCAGUGCUCGCGGGAGCGAGGCUCAGUUCCUCUGCUGGUUCGGCGAUGUCUCGAGUUUGUAGAGCAGCAAGGAAUGACCUCUGUGGGCAUGUAUCGUGUCUCGGGCACUGCAGCUGUUGUGCAAAAGUAUCGAUCGGAUAUCAACGCGGAUUCGUCCACAAUUGACUUUUCCAACGUAGACGAUGUCAACAUUGUUGGCAGUUUGCUCAAGCUCUACUUUCGCGAGCUUUCCGACUCGCUCUUCACCUUCCGUCUCUACGAUACAUUUAUUGCAGCCGCUCAAAUCCCCCUUCCAGCCAAGCGCCACCCUGCCAUCAAAGCACUCGUGUUUCAAUUACCAAAACCCAACUUUGAGACGUUGCGAUUUUUAGCCAAUCAUUUACGACAGGUUGCUGGCCAAUCCGCCGAGAACAAAAUGACUAUCUCGAAUAUUGCAGUGGUGUUUGGACCAACCUUGCUGAGGGCUGAAAACCCCAGCGCUGAGAGUAUUAUUGGUGACUCUGGCUCCCAAAAUCAAGUCGUGGUUGACAUUUUGACCUUGUCCGACACUGAGCUAUUUGUCAAGGAGACGUAACACCACCCCCCUCCUCCCCAAGACAACGCUAUUGUUGUGAGAAUGGACUAAUAUUCGAUUUGCGCAACUUAUUUGAACAUGAACAAUCAGUGGAGCAACCCUCGCCCCCUUCAGUUGAGAACAUUUGUACAAGAUGAAAUUAAAAAGCUUUUCGUGAGCAA